AUUACUUUCUUGUUAUAAUAGAAAGCUUUUCAGCGCCUUCAGUUCAAUCUUGGGACUUGAAAUCUUCCUUCAGUGAGAUAACAGAAUCGAUUAUACGACAAGAAUCCAGUGAGGGGAAGCAUGAACGAGCAAAACUCACACCAGGCAAUCCAGUGUUUAUUAUUAUUUUAUUGUAUUAUUUAUUGACUGCCUCAGUCAGUGCAAUCAGCUCAAACCUUUCGAAGAGAAAAGACUGUGCCUGCUUUUAGCGUGCCCUUGUUUGUACAGCCGUUUAUUUAUUACAUUCUCUUGUUGUGGUGACCCUCAGCAGUCAAGUAUCAUAGGAAGAGAAACGGACUUAAGUUGAGUGACAGAGUUAGCCAGUGACAGAGCCAGGAGUCCACACCCCAAAGGCAGUGCUCUGCCCUGCAGACCAGGCUGCCUCAGGGCAUUCUGGGCUUCCUCUCCUUGGUGUCCCUCUUCCGUGUUUGCACUUGUAUUCUCAUAGGAUUGGAGCUUGCUCAGUCCAGGACCAAGCUAACAGAAACACCAGUCCUUGACCAGGUUCUGAGUAAAUACGCCAAGUCAGGUCUGCUCCCGCCUACCGUAGCUGCACUGUACUUUGCCCUAAUGAAUCAGCUCCAUGGAGGCCCAGCAGUUGUAAAGGUAACUAACUGGCUAUAGAUUUGAGAGCCAGGUGAGUCUUGGUAGAUGUGGCACCUGGACUUUGUCAGGUUCUAAGAGGACGUACUCUGGGGCAGGUCCCUGGAGCCACACUAAAAGAAGGUGGAGAGCCAUCAGAACAGUAGUGUGCAUAGCACAUUCCAGCACUAUGAAAGCUAGCCAGCAGGGAUGAAGCUUCCAGGAAAAUAAGGUAGCAACAUAACGACUUCAAGACUCAAGAGAAAUUCAAAGGGUCAGAGAUGGAACCUUGGGUUCCCCAGUGGUCAUCUCACUCACAAGGGAGGCCCAUGGCACCAUCAAAGGACCCAGACAGAGGGCUUCGGAGUGGACAUUAUCGGCCCCUUUCUUACCAUCGACACAGUGGAGAUAAGUUCCAUCAACGGCAAGAUGUCCGUAGGAGCUCACAGCCACAGCAGGACUCCAGGCCUGACCAGCAGCAGCCCUAUUAUGCACCAAGGCCUGGGGCUGACUACUACGAAGGGGUUUAUCCCAGUCAGUUGUACUCAAGGCCAGGCUAUGAGGAUCCUUAUCAGAGGUACCACUCUCCAACACUGAGGGAAGACUACACUUAUGGAAAUUACUACUACCAUGGGCACCCACAGCUCCUGCGAGAAGAAAGAGAGGGUGCAGUUCCAAGGCAAGGGAGUCCUUAUAUCUGGCAUGAAGAUUAUGGAGAUCAAAAGUACUUCAGUGAUCAUGAGCGUGAAAACAAGAAUAGUCUGUUCAGAACAAAUAAUGAGACCCAGUUCCAAUCUACCAGUAAGAAUCCAUAUAAAGACAGUCCUGCUUCCAGCUCUGGACAGGAGCAGCCUGGGGAGAUUUUUCCAGAGAGUGGGGUCCAGAAGAAAAAGCCAUCACUGACCAGCAAGUCCAACCUUCUCCAUCAACAUGAGUCUGGCCUCAGCUCCAGCAGCUAUGAGCUCAGUCAAUACAUGACAGAUGACUCCGACCAGUAUGAUCCCAUGGUAUCGGCAGUUUGGAAACCUAUUCAGGCUGGUGAUGCCUCAGUAACUGGUCCCAAGGCACCCAUGAAGUUCUAUGUCCCUCACACGUCUGUAAGUUUUGGGCCGGGAGGCCAGCUAGUAUGCGUGUCCCCCAACUCUCCCACGGAUGGACAAACGGCCCUUGUUGAAAUGCACAGCCUGGAGGUUAUACUUAGUGAUUCUGAAGAUCAAGAGGAACUGAGAGGUUUUCCAGGACCUCUGAUCAGGGAGGAUAUACACAAGGUGGAUAUCAUGACGUUUUGCCAGCUGAAAGCAGCUCAGAGCUUCAAAUCUGAGACCCCAGGGAGCAGGGACUCAGCCCUAUUGUGGCAGCUUCUGGUUCUCCUUUGUCGUCAGAAUGGGUCCAUGGUGGGAUCUGACAUCGCUGAGCUGCUGAUGCAGGACUGCAAGAAGCUGGAGAAGUACAAGAGGCAGCCCCGCGUGGCCAACCUCAUCAACCUGACCGAUGAGGACUGGUCCAUGUCAAGCUCAGGGACCCGAAACCUGCUCACUGGGGAGAUCCCCCCUACUGUGGAGAUGCCAGCACAGAUCAUGGAGAAAUUCACUAAGCUGCUCUACUAUGGAAGGAAGAAGGAGGCUUUGGAGUGGGCUAUGAAGAACCACUUGUGGGGUCAUGCUUUGUUCCUAGCCAGCAAGAUGGACCCAAGGACCUACAACUGGGUCAUGAGUGGCUUCACCAAUACACUGGCACUCAACGACCCCCUACAGACCCUUUUCCAGCUCAUGUCAGGAAGGAUUCCACAAGCAGCCACGUGUUGUGGAGACAAGCAAUGGGGAGACUGGAGGCCCCACUUGGCUGUGAUUCUGUCAAAUCAGGCUGGAGACGCAGACCUGUAUCAGCGUGCAAUUGUCAGCAUGGGGGACACCCUGGCUGGGAAAGGGCUCAUAGAGGCAGCUCACUUCUGCUAUCUCAUGGCUCAUGUGUCCUUUGGCCACUACACCGUGAAGACAGACCAUCUAGCCUUGCUGGGCAGUAGCCACAGUCAAGAGUUUUUGAAAUUUGCAACAACUGAGGCUAUUCAGAGGACGGAAAUCUUCGAAUACUGCCAGAUGCUGGGCCGCCCUAAGUCCUUUAUCAUUUCUUUCCAGGUGUAUAAGCUCCUUUAUGCUGCCCGUCUGGCAGAUUACGGCCUGGCACCCCAGGCCUUGCAUUACUGUGAAGCCAUUGCUGCAGCUGUCCUUAGCCAGGGAGAGAGCAGUCACCCUGUGCUAUUAAUGGAGCUCAUCAAGCUUGCAGAGAAACUGAAGCUGUCAGAUCCUCUGGUUUUAGAAAGACGCCGAGGGGACAAGGACCUGGAACCGGAUUGGCUCAUGCAACUGCGGAGACUGCACAAGGAGCUGGAGAAAAAGAGAGCAGGCGAUCUUGGGGAUCCUGAUUCUGCUUGCUCUGCUAUUUCUGGAGCCAGAGGAACAACAGACACUUUCUAUCAGGAACUUUCCGGAUAUCAAGGCUACUCAGAAGACCCUGGGUACCAUGCAGCCCUGUGGCCAACACCUGCGCCUACAGGCCUGAGCCAGCCCAGCCCACAUCAGCCUUUUCCUCUGCAGCAGGGACCCUACUCAGAGGGAGGAGGUGCAGGGCAUAUGGGGGUCCCAGUGCCCCUUUACUCAGUUCCUGCCACCCACCUGCCACUGACCAGUGGUGGCAGCAACAGCAGCAGCAACAGUGGUGUGACAGUGACAGGGGCUCCUGGAGAAAGGGAUAUGCCGCAGAUACAUCCUGCCCUUGGAGAGGGCACAACAUCUCAAGAAGAUCCCCAGUAUCCUGAUGGUCUAGAAGUCAUUUCCAAGCCUCAGGCACCGCUGCCUCCUACAGCUCAAACGUUUUCUGAAAGUCCCCAGGUUUCAGUCAAGGAGGAUGAGGAGGAGUCCUCUGAUGAAGCAGACAAAAAAUCUUACCAAGAUGCCUCACAGAGAGAAAAGCCAGGAGAUGAGAAAGAGACUGCAAAGAGCUCUGGAUUUGGCUGGUUCAGCUGGUUUCGGUCCAAGCCCGCCAACAGUGUGUCCCCCUCAGGAGAUGAAGACUCCUCAGACAGUUCUGACUCAGAGCAGGAGUCCCCCAGAGCAUCAUCUCCUCACCAUGCUGGCCUGGGCCUCUCAUCAACACCUCCUCUUGAGUCCCUAACUCUAUCUGGUGCCAGCGCCUUCUCCAGGGGCACAGGUGGCGGUGAUCUCCGAGGAGCCCCAAACAGUGGUGGAAUAGCUGAAGGCACUGGGGUCAGAGGGUUCUCAGGGCCAGAAGGUGUGUCUUCUGAGUUGUACCCCAAGCCUGGUGUUCUGCCUCCCCCACCCACCUUGCAAGGGGCUGUUCCUCUGUACAAUCCAUCUCAGGUCCCUCAGCUUUCUCCAGCUACUAGCCUGAAUCGGGGAAGCCGCCUGGCUCAGCGCCGUUACCCAACCCAGCCCUGCUGAGAAUGACCACCUGUCCCAGGCUUGUCUUCCAGGAUCACAACGUUUUGUUACUUUCUGUUGCUCAGUUUUCACUCACCUCACCAUUUUCAGGCCAUUGAGGGUUGUGCUAACCUGCUGCACAUGGGGCACUGGAAGGCAAUGGGCAGGCUUUCCCAAGAUACAGCAUGGUUCGGUCUUCAGCUUAUCUUUAGGAUGAUGGAAAUUGUCUCAUCAGAUGGAAGAUCAGGGUAUAAUGGUUACAGUAGAAUGUCAUGGUGGCAACACUUGAGGUGGAAGCCUGAGAAACUUGGGAAAGCAGUGGCCCUGAAAAUCCCAUGGCUACAAUCAAAGAUGCCACCACAGGGUUCUGCAGUCAGGCGCCCAGAGCAACAUCGCAGACUCUUUGGACUCCUUCCUUGGACUGGCUUAGAGACCAAUACGCGGCUCUCCUUGGCAAGGUUUCGUACUGCAAUUUGAUUAUUGCUACCUCUCAGUGAUUUCCCUCUUCAAUGACAUUUCAGCAAUUUUCCUCCUGGUCCUGGUUUUGUACACAUUUUCCGUGUGGUUCAGAUUAAUUAUAUUUCUUAGCUGGUCCUAUUUUUUCACAUUCUGGCAUCUGGCUAUCAAGUUAGAUAGCUGUAAGCAUCAUAUUGUCAUGGUAACUACUGAACCUAAUGAUGCAGAUGGAUGGAACAUCAGUAUAAUAAAUGACAGAAAACGUUUCUUAAAACUUCAUCCUUUCCAGAAGAGGGGAGGAAUGAAUACCUGAUAUUGUUAAUACCUGCCUUUCUACCUCAGGCCUCUGCAAAUUGGUGUUCCAAGGGUCACCAGGGCCCCAACGGAGGAGGGAGAUAUCUUGGAAAUUUCCAUUUCUCCUUUCAAACCCAAAAUAGGAAUGAUUCUUGCUGUUUGUUAGAUUUGCUGAAAAUUACUCCUCACAAAGAACAUUUUUGUAUGUGUAAUUGUACAUAAAGGUUUUGUACUUUAAUGUACUACGGUUCUGCUGUUGAUAGCGAUUAAAUCCAGAUAAUUUUAUAGCA